AUGAAUAUCAAGUCCUUUGUCUUCGUGUUCCUUCUUUGUGCAGUAAUUUUCAUAUCUGUUGUAGCAAUUGAACCAUCAAAGGAUGACGGAAAGCAAAUUGGUACAAAACUUGGAGUAAAUAAGGAUGGAGGUUUAGGAGGAGGUGAGCACGAUGGAGAUAUGGGAAAAGAACAUAAUGAUGAUGGUCUGGGAUUUUGGAUAAAUGGAGGUGGUUGGGGGGGUUCGAUAGAAAGCGGAGAUUUUAAAGGUUCGAUAAAUAUCGGAGGAGCUCAAGGAGGAGGUGAAAACAAUGGACUUGGAGGACAAGGUGAUCUAGGAAAUGAAUUAGGUUGGAGAGGAGGAGGAAAUAGUGGUUUUGGAGGACAAGGAGAAAGAGCAAAUGAAGUUAGUUGGAGAGGAGGAAAAAAUAGAGGAUUUGGAGGAGAAGAAGAAAGUGAAGGGUAUGCAGGACUUUGGGACCAUAAAAACUAA